AUGGCCGCCGACUCCCUCGAUGAUAUUUUCGGCUCCUCACCGCCACAUCCCGAACAACCCCUUCCGCAAGCGCACUCCAAUCCGACCGUCGAACCCUCCGAACUCCCCUCCCUUCGCCGCCAACACGUCACAGCCGGGUAUCGCGACGGCAUCUCCGCCUCCAAAGCCGAGCACGUCCAGCAUGGCUUCGACGCCGGAUUUCCCGUCGGUGCACAACUCGGUAUGCGCGCAGGAACGAUAAUCGGAAUUCUCGAGGGUGUCCUGAGGGGGUACGAGAGCAGCCCCACUACGGUCAAAAAGCCCGGGCAGAAAUCGACACCGUCCACGCCGGCGUCGAAAGAAGCGGAUGAAGCGAAGAAGGCAAAACGCGAGGAAAUAUUCCGUCUCUAUAAGCAGGCGGUCAAGGAGCUGAAUGUCCAGGCUGUUUUCGCUGGUGUGGAUGGCGGGGCGUUGCAGGGACAAGGGUCGGAGGAGAAACCGGAGACUCAGCUAUUGAAGAAGGGGGAUAAGGUGCUAGCUGCGUGGGAGAAGAAAGUGCCCGUUGCGGCGUGGGAGGAGCACAUCAUGGAUGUUCUGGAAGCUAAGAGUGAUGAUGGGAAGGGCAACGGGAAGGCUGGGGAGGAUGAAAAAGGGCAGAGGGCUUGA